GCACGCCUGAGAGUAACCGGAAAGAGGACUGAGGAGUGACGCAGGGUGUCAGAGGGUCACGCUUCCCCGCUCCCGCUGUCGCCACCAGAGUCUAAAAAUGCUCAGGAUGCAGUGACUUUUGACGAUGUGCAUGUGAAUUUCACUAAAGAAGAAUGGAAUUUGAUGGAUCCUUCCCAGAUGAAUCUCUACAAAGACGUGAUGUUGGAGACCUACUGGAACCUUACUUCUAUAGGCUACAAAUGGGAAGACCAUCAUAUUGAAGAACCAUGCCAAAGUUCUCGAAGACAUACAAGGCAUGGAAGAAUUCAUAGGUGGAAGAAACUCUAUGAAUGUAAUCAAUGUGGUAAAGUCUUUGCAAGACCUGCUCAUAUCCAAUGUCAUAAAAGAACCCAUACUGGAGAGAAACCUUAUAAAUGUAAUCAAUGUGGUAAAGCCUUUUCCUCUCACAGUUGUCUCAGAUAUCACAAAAGAAACCAUACUGGAGAGAAACCUUAUGAAUGUAAUCAAUGUGGUAAAGCCUUUUCCUCUCACAGUAAUCUCAGAUAUCAUAAAAGAAGCCAUACUGGAGAAAAACCUUAUGAAUGUAAUCAAUGUGGUAAAGCCUUUGCAACACCCAGUCAUCUCCAAUGUCAUAAAAGAACCCAUACUGGAGAGAAACCUUAUGAAUGUAAUCAAUGUGGUAAAGCCUUUUCCUCUCACAGUAAUCUCAGAUAUCAUAAAAGAAGCCAUACUGGAGAAAAACCUUAUGAAUGUAAUCAAUGUGGUAAAGCCUUUGCAACACCCAGUCAUCUCCAAUGUCAUAAAAGAACCCAUACUGGAGAGAAACCUUUUGAAUGUAAUCAAUGUGGUAAAGCCUUUGCAACACCCAGUCAUCUCCAAUGUCAUAAAAGAACCCAUACUGGAGAGAAACCUUUUGAAUGUAAUCAAUGUGGUAAAGCCUUUUCCUCUCACAGUAGUCUCAGAUAUCAUAAAAGAACCCAUACUGGAGAAAAACCUUAUGAAUGUAAUCAAUGUGGUAAAGCCUUUGCUACAUCCAGUCAUCUCCAAUGUUAUAAAAGAACCCAUACUGGAGAGAAACCUUAUGAAUGUAAUCAAUGUGGGAAAGCCUUUGCAAGACCCGCUGAUCUCCAAUAUCAUAAAAGAACCCAUACUGGAGAGAAACCUUAUGAAUGUAAUCAAUGUGGUAAAGCCUUUUCCUGUCACAAUAGUCUCAGAUAUCAUAAAAGAACCCAUACUGGAGAGAAACCUUAUGAAUGUAAUCAAUGUGGGAAAGCCUUUGCAAGACCCGCUGAUCUCCAAUAUCAUAAAAGAACCCAUACUGGAGAGAAACCUUUUGAAUGUAAUCAAUGUGGUAAAGCCUUUUCCUGUCACAGUGGUCUCAGAAAUCAUAAAAGAACCCAUACUGGAGAAAAACCUUAUGAAUGUAAUCGAUGUGGUAAAGCCUUUGCUACAUCCAGUCAUCUCCAAUGUCAUAAAAGAACCCAUACUGGAGAGAAACCUUAUGAAUGUAAUCAAUGUGGGAAAGCCUUUGCUACAUCCAGUCAUCUCCAAUGUCAUAAAAGAACCCAUGCUGGAGAGAAACCUUAUGAAUGUAAUCAAUGUGGUAAAGCCUUUGCAAGACCUGCUCAUCUCCAAAUUCAUAAAAGAACUCAUACUGGAGAGAAACCUUAUGAGUGUAAUCAAUGUGGUAAAGCCUUUGCUACAUCCACUCAUCUCCAAUGUCAUAAAAGAACCCAUACUGGAGAGUAAUCUUAGGAUAAUUAUCAAUGUGGAAAGACUCUUCACAAGGGAGAAGUCAACAAAGACAUAAAAAAACACAUAGUGGAGAGAAAUCUUAAUGUAACCAAUGUGGUAAAAGCCUUUUCACAAAGUAAUUAUCUCAAAACGAUAAAAGAACCAACCCAUUUUGGAGAGAAACCUUAUGAAUGUAAGCAAUGUGGUAAUGAAGUCUUUGCAUGUUCCACUAGUCUCCAAAAAAUAAAAGAUACCAUACUGGAAAGAAACCUCAUGAAUAUAAUCAAUGUGGGAAACACUUCAGAACUUUGUAAUCUCCAUUAUUUUAACAGUACACACACAGGAGAGAAACCUUAUGAAUGUAAUCAGCGUUGUAAAGCAUUUCAAGUCACAGUCAUCUGCAAUGACAUAAAAGAUCACAUACAAGAGAGAAACCUCAUGAAGGUUAUCAAUGCAGUAAAGCCUUUGCAUGUCAUAAUUCUUCCCACGUACACAAAACAUAGCACACUGGGGAGAACCCUCAUUAUUGUAACCAAUGUGGUAAAAACCUUGGCAAUUUACUGUCAUCUGCAACUACUUAAAAGAACACAUUCAAAAAAGUAACUCUUUCCAUUUUUCCAGAGUACUAAUCCCUUGGGUGACACAGUCAUCACCCCAUACAUAAAAGAACACAUAUGGCAGAAAACCUGCAUGAAUAUAAUGAAUAAUGUAAAUCCUUUCGAGGCCACAGUCAUCUCCAAACACACAAAAAAAAAUGUGCAGGAGAGAAACCUUAUGAAUGUAAUUGAUAUGAGAAAACCUUUGCAUAUCAUAGUCAUUUCCAAGUACAUAAAUGAGCACAUAGUUGAGAGAAGCCCUGUGAUUGUAAUAAAUGUGUUAAAGCCUUUGUGUGUCACUGUACUCUUUAAAUAUUUAAAGGAACACACGUUUUAGAGAAACCUUACAAAUGCAAUGAAUGUGGAAAAGUCUAUGCAUAUCACUAUAGUCCCCAAAGACAUAAAAGAAUACAUAAUGGAGAGAAAUAUUUUGACUUGGCUCUCCCAGCCUGAAGCAGGCUGAUCCAGACUUUGACCUUGCUGCCACUGAGAAUUAGACCACCUUGGGUGGAGCCUUCCUGCCUAGAUGGCUCUGUUGUUAAGCCACUGCUGCUGUUCUCCUUCAAGAGGUUGCUGCCUGCUGAGAGGCCCCUGAGAUAUUCCAGAGACUACAGUACCCUGUCCUGCACUGUCCUCACUUGCAGCUGGUUCCAGGCACCAAGAAUGGAUUGGCAGGAAUGGUCUUCUCCCCUUUAUAAGCACAUUUGCUAUUAAACAUUUGAGCUUUG